AUGGUUGAUACGCGCUUCGAGACCUUCGAGGUCCUACCUCGCGACCACGAAUCGCUGCCAGAGACUACUGAGUAUGAGCUAUCAGACAUUGACCAGGUGCUGACUGGCAACCACACAACUCCAUGUAUCGUAUAUCCUUUCACUGGCGAUAAGGACGACUUCAUCAAACCCCUACGAACUGGGCUGCAGAAUGUGCUUACCUGCAUUCCCCUUGUUGGAGGGGAGCUGCUGACGAAGGAUGGGCGCCUCUGGGUCUUGCGGAAAAACCACGAACCAAUUCGUCUUGGUGUGAAUCACCUCGACGAAGACCCAGACUUUCCGACUUAUGAGAGCCUUUCUGCUGCAAAAUUUCCCGCCGAGUUCUUCUCAGCCAACGCAUUGCGCUUGACACCGCCGGGCUCCAAUCUAGCUGGGCUUCGUCGUGAUGAUGGCUGCCCAGUUGCCGUAUUUCAGGCAAACUUCAUCAAGGGUGGUCUGAUACUGACACUACCUCUACACCACUGCUGCGGCGAUGCGAAGAGUAUCGACCACACGUUUCUGCUCUGGGUAAACAGCACUCUCGCAGCGGCGAACAAGGCACCGAUGCCUACUUUUCAUCCGUCCAUUGACCGCACCUACUUCAAUGCUACAGCAUCCUUGCCCAGCCAGGAGAAGCUAGAAGACAUGAAGUCAAAAAUCAGCGGGUUCUCCUUCCACCCUAUCCAGCCAGAGCCUCCAUCCAAGCCCCUGAACGAUCCCCCGAAACCGCCGGUGGCUAGCAUCAAGAUGUAUCACUUUCCGAAGACUAGCAUCGAGGAACUGAAGCGAAUAUGCUGGCCAGCGACUGGAACUGGUAUCGAUUUCGUUUCGUCUUACGAUGUUGUUUGCGCGCUCACAUGGCAGGCCAUGACGCGUGCACGCAUUCCAUAUCUCAAGCCAGACCUACAAACCGUCACUACCGAAUUCGGCCACCCCGUCAACGCACGUGCGUGUUUCAACAGUGUCGUGCCAGCCGAGUACUUCGGCAACGGCUUUUCCAUGGUUGCUACUGCUCCUAUCCUCAUUUCUGAGCUCAUUGGCACCGGCGGGCUUGCAAAAGCUGCGCAGCUCAUCCGCCGCUCUGUACACAGUUUUGAUGUUGACUACAUUCCAAACUUUCUCCAAGUGGGCCAUGCCGUCGCAGGCAAGGAGCAAAUACAAUGGAAUUGGCGCCCACAAAAUGUCGUGGGGACCAGCUGGAUGUCAAUGGGGGCGAUGCAGGCAUACGAUUUCGGCUUGGGGCUACCCACAGCGAUACGUCUGCCGGUGCCACCAUUCGAAGGUGUCCUUGGAGUAUUGCCCGCAACUAGGACGGACGGAGUUCCAGAAGGGUUUGAUGUUUACGUCGUCCUGGAGGCCGGAUGCCAGGAGCGAUUAACUGUGGACUCAGAUUUUGGCAAAUAUUGCUCUUUAAUUGGGGCCUAG